CCUUCCCCCCCCGACUCCGCCGCAAAGUCCCGCCUCCUGUUAUGCUCCGCCUCUAGCCUGCCCCGCCCUCCGACCCACCCCGCGGCGCAUUGUGGGAUCGGUCGGCUGGCCGAGUGGUGGAGGACAAGGCGCUCCGUCAUGGGGAUCCAGUGGAGCCCCGUCCUGCUGGCCUCCCUGGGGGUGGGGCUGGUCACUCUGCUCGGCCUGGCUGUGGGCUCCUACUUGGUUCGGAGGUCCCGCCGGCCUCAGGUCACUCUCCUGGACCCCAAUGAAAAGUACCUGCUGCGACUGCUGGACAAGACAACUGUGAGCCACAACACCAAGAGGUUCCGCUUUGCCCUGCCCACCGCCCACCACACUCUGGGGCUGCCUGUGGGCAAACAUAUCUACCUCUCCGCCCGAAUUGAUGGCAGCCUGGUCAUCAGGCCAUACACUCCUGUCACCAGUGAUGAGGAUCAAGGCUACGUGGAUCUUGUCAUCAAGGUCUACCUGAAGGGUGUGCACCCCAAAUUUCCUGAGGGAGGGAAGAUGUCUCAGUACGUGGACAGCCUGAAGAUUGGGGAUGUAGUGGAGUUUCGGGGGCCAAGCGGAUUGCUCACUUACACUGGAAAAGGGCAUUUUAACAUUCAGCCCAACAAGAAAUCUCCACCAGAACCCCGAGUGGCGAAGAAACUGGGAAUGAUUGCUGGCGGGACAGGAAUCACCCCAAUGCUACAGCUGAUCCGGGCCAUCCUGAAAGUCCCCGAAGAUCCAACUCAGUGCUUUCUGCUUUUUGCCAACCAGACGGAAAAGGAUAUCAUCUUGCGGGAGGACUUGGAGGAACUGCAGGCCCGCUAUCCCAAUCGCUUUAAGCUCUGGUUCACUCUGGAUCAUCCCCCAAAAGACUGGGCGUACAGCAAGGGCUUUGUGACUGCCGACAUGAUCCGGGAACACCUGCCUGCUCCAGGGGAUGACGUGCUGGUGCUGCUUUGUGGGCCACCCCCAAUGGUGCAGCUGGCCUGCCAUCCCAACUUGGACAAACUGGGCUACUCGCAAAAGAUGCGAUUCACCUACUGAGCAUCCUCCAGCUUCCCUGGUCCUGUUCUCUGCAGUUGUCUCCCAUUCAUACUCAAGCACCAUAAGCCCUAGAUUCCUUUGCUGAGAGUUUUAGCCUUUUUGAGCUCCAUCUAGAGCUGAAAUCUGGAUAGUACCUGCAGGAACAACAUUCCUGUAGCCAUGAAGAGGGCCAAGGCUGAAUCACUCCUUGGAAGGCCCCUAAAUCUCCCCGUGGCAACAGGUCCAGGAGACGUCCAUGGAACAGUUUCUUCCAUCGAGUAGGAAAAAAGGGAGCAUGUACCCUUCGUCCAAGAUUGGCUAGUUCCUUGAUAGCAUCUCACCUUCUUUAUGUCUGUGAUGAAAAGAACAGUCUCUGCAAUGAGUUUUACUUAAUAUUCACUGUUUUACCUAUGCCCAAAUCCAUACAUGUGAGUGUAAGUGGAGCAUACUUCCAGAGGUGGCCUUAUGGAGAUGGCAGGAAAGGAGGAAAUGGUUUCUCAGACUCCAUGGAGUCUGAAAUACAUAUUUCUGUGUGUGUCUCUCUUGGCCCCUGCCCAGGCUAGAGGGAAACAGCUACUGAUAAUCGAAAACUGCUGUUUGUGGCAGGAACCCCUGGCUGUGCAAAUAAAUGGGGCUAAGGCCCUUGUGUGAUAUUGAAA